CCCCCCCCCCCCCCCCCCCCCCCCCCCCCCGCGACUCGGCCUCCCCUCCUGUCGCAGCCACCGGAGCCGCACGAACUGCCGUUCCUGGCGCCUGGUCUCUCCCUCGGCGGCGCCUUCACGCAGGGAAUGACUGGCAGUAGAAGGGUCCAAGCCUCAGGCUAUCAAUUGUACUGUCCUGGUUGGAAUUGCCUGGACAGCUGGAUUGCAAGUCUGUGUCCAUGUUAAAGUCUUCCUGUGGAGCAAAAGAUGGCUUCUUAUUGCCUAUUUUCACACCCCCUGCCACCAACACCCACCCGCACACACACUGAAACAUUGCUAUUUUGAUUGAAACAUUAUACUGAAUGAAGCUUAAGAAUCCUUUAUGAAAGGACACUAUACUGAUAUAUCGAUUGAAUUGUUCUUUGAAGCUUAGUGGCCAAACAUGCGUUGGAAACGAAAGAUACAUCAUGGAGGAUCAUCUCAACAACAACUGAUCAGUCCUACACUUGCGGAUGAAGUAUGUGCCAUAGACAAGGAUGUCUCCCAUCUUAGUAGAAUUAAAUCUGAACCAAGUCAGAGAACUCGUGCAGCCAUUUAUGCUGGCCAGAAGAGGCCUAUCUCAACAUUCAAGCUAUUGUCAGGGAGAGAAUCCAAUUGCUCAGGGAUGGGUAGGUUUUCUUCAGCUGAUUGCUCUUAUGCUCUUCGGAAACACCUACCAGUGAAAGGCCCAUGGUGUGUGGACGACAUGGAUAGUGAAGCAUACAUCUCGCAGUUCUCUGCAGAUGGUUCACUACUAAUUGGUGGAUUCCGGGGAAGCCACAUCAGAGUCUAUAAUUCCGAAAAAAAUUGGAAGGUUCAUAAAGAUAUAACCUGCAAGCGUCUGCGGUGGACAGUUUCAGAUAUUGCUCUCUCACCUGAUCAACGAUUCCUAGCUUAUUCCAGUCUGUCGCCUACUGUUCACAUAGUAAAUGUCCAGAAUGCUGUAAGAGAAUCACAUGCUAAUGUUACAGAAAUUCAUGAGGGUCUGGAGUUUUCUGACGAAGAUGACGGAUUCUCCUUUGGGAUAUUCUCUGUAAAAUUCUCAAAAGAUGGGCGAGAACUUGUUGUAGGAAACAACAAUGAAUCAAUAUGUAUUUAUGAUCUUGGAGCAAACAAAGUAACAGAACGCAUUAAUGCACAUGCGGCUGAUGUUAAUGUGGUCACCUUCGCUGAUGAAACAAGUGAUGUCUUGUACUCUGGAAGUGAUGAUAGCCUCUGUAAGGUUUGGGAUAGGCGCUGCCACAAGAAACAAAAACCAGUAGGUGUUUUGACUGGUCAUUUAGAUGGGAUUACAUUUAUUGAUAGCCGUGGAGAUGGGCACUAUUUUAUCUCAAACUGCAAGGAUCAGACUAUUAAAUUAUGGGAUCUCAGGAAAAUGUCCUCCACUAAGAAAGAUUGCACACCAAAAGCAUAUGAAUGGGAUUACAGAUGGAUGACAUACCCAUCAGAAGCCCGAUAUUUGAAACAUCCAUAUGACCAGUCACUAGCCACAUUCAGAGGCCAUUCUGUGUUGCGCACACUUAUCCGUUGUUAUUUUUCCCCAAUGCACAGCACGGGUCAGAGAUACAUAUACACAGGAUCCAGUGACCAAUGCGUCUAUAUUUAUGAUGUGGCGACAGGUAAGGUUGUUGAGAAACUCAGAUGGCACGGGUCAAUCAUCAGAGACUGCUCAUGGCACCCAUACCUCCCAACGCUUGUCAGCUCUUCUUGGGACGGCUAUUUGGUCCGGUGGGAGGCAACAGAGGACGACAGAGACCCCUCCAUGCUCAAAACAGGGAACAAGAGGAUGCAUCCAGAGGGAUACACAAUGUCGUUUGUCCUUUAGAGUUUAUUAGAAGUGAAGCUCUCAAGGCUCUCAUGUAUAUGCUGGCCCGCUCAACAUGCCUCCAAGCCACUGGCUCAAACAAGUCUUUUUUUUCUUUUCAAAUUUCAUAAUUUGUAAAAGCGAUUGAGAGAAUUAUCGAGGCAGUAUAUUUUGUGAUGUAGAUGUUUAUUGGUUGCUUGUAUUUACUCUUCUGCUUUUGUGGAUUUUGAAACCUUCAAGCAGGAAAAAGGUUUCUUUUCUUUAAUUUGAAGCUGCUGUGUUCAAGUAAAGGCAUUCGUUUGCCCCAAUAUUCUGUGGGGGUACAAAACAUUUCUAAUGGUACACAUCAGUUGGCUCA